AUGUCUCUCGAUAGGGGUGUAAAUCUGGCCCGAUCUGACCCAUAUAGGGCCUUGCGGGCUCUCGCCAAAAUUCAGGCCAGGCAGGUCUCUAGCAAGUGUUCAAGGGGUUCAGAUGCUCACACAACUACUCUAGCACUCUUCAACAUACUCUCUAGCUACUCAUGGGAUGCCAAGGUUGUGAUAGCCUUAGCAGCAUUUUCCAUUAACUGGGGUGAGUUGUGGCUGGUUCACCAGCAUUACCAAUUCAAUCCGCUUGCCGAGUACUUGACACUGUUUAAGCAACCACCGAACUUGCUCAAGGAACCCAACUCUCUAAAACCCACGUUUGAGGCACUAACUAACCUCAUCAAGGCCAUGAUGGAUGUGACCAAGUGCAUAGUCGAGUUCAAGAAGUUUCCUCCUCAGUACAUCACCUCAAACAUGCCGGUGAUGAUGAGCAGCAUACUCCUCGUCGGUCAUCUCUUUAGUGGGGACUUUGUUCCGAUUUUUCUCGAUCAAGAUAUAGACCACCUUGAGGAGACUGAGGUAGAAAAGCACCUUGCCUUUCCAUCUCUUGAAAUAGACUCCCUUGAACCGAAAGGACUUGUUGAGAUCGCUGGUAUUCUCGUUGGGCUUCUCCAGUAUAUAGCAUCGACUAAAGAGGCGAAAGAGCUUUCCAGCUUGAAUCAUAAGGUCAGCAACAUAUACAGCCACCUGCAAAAGCAACUGACUCUUUGUUAUCAACACAUUGAGGAGAAAAAGUAUAAUGAAGCAUUUCAGAAGCUUGAGCUCCUCUUCGAGACAACACACAUCGAUAACAUAAACAUCCUCAAGGCUCUGGUUUCCGCCGAGGAAGAUCAGUUGCCACUCUUUGAUGGUUCUACUAAGAGAAAGGUAAGCAUUGAUGUUCUAAGGAACAAGAAUGUGUUGCUACUCAUUUCAGACUUGGACCUCUCCAAUGAAGAGCAUUUCAUUCUCUUAGUCAUCAAGUACAUCAAGGAGGUCUGGCACUUCAACAAAAAGGCUCCGUUGGUGAUGUUAGACCCACAAGGCAAAGUUGUGCAUCGUAAUGCAAUCCAUGUGUGUUGGAUUUGGGGAAACAUGGCUUUCCCAUUUACUAGCUUGAAGGAGAAAGAACUCUGGAAGGAAACUCGCUGGACGAUGGAGUUUUUGGCAGAUUCCAUUGAUCUAUCCAUCCUUGAUUGGAUUGUAGAUGACAAAUAUAUUUGCUUGUAUGGAGGAGAUGACUUAGAAUGGAUCCGAAGAUUUACCAAAACAUCACAAGCUGUUGCAGCAACUGCCCACAUCCAAUUGGAGAUUCUGUAUGUAGGAAAAAGCAAAGCAAGGGAAACAGUUCAGAAGAUUAGCAACACCAUUUUGCUCGAAAAACUCAGCCACGUAUUGUCAGACCCAACUCUCGUAUGGUUCUUUUGGGUGAGGCUAGAAAGCAUGUGGCAUUCCAAGAGACAACUCAGUACGUCUGUAGAGAACGAUCCCAUAAUGCAAGAGAUCAUGACAAUUCUGAGCUUUGAUGGAAAUGAUCAAUCAUGGGCAGUGAUUAGCCGAGGCACAGCUGAGAUGGCUGAAGCCAAGGGUGACACCAUGUUGCAAAGCUUAGUCAAGUUUGAAGAAUGGAAGGAUCAUGCUAAAGAGAUAGAUAACAAGGAGCUAGUUCAAAACCCAUUAGAGGAGUUCUCUCUUGGUAAAAAGAAGAAAAAAGAAUCAAAACAGGCAAUUGUCAAAUUCAAUGAGACAUUAGAAGAUUCAUCUGAAGAAGAAGGAAAUGAAGAAGCAGAAGGUAACAUAAAAGAACACGAAGCCAGCAAUGGACAAGAAGAUCAAGCAAGCAGUGGAGAAGCAGAAGCCAGAAAAGAAAGUGAAGAAAUAGAAAUGAUGUCAAGUCUGGAUGUCAUGGUGGAAAUAUACAGCAAUGUAAGUAUACUGAAACUUGGGUUUGGCUACAGGAGUUGCGUGAAUCGCCAUUAA